GCGCUCUCUCGGGCAGGGCUGGGCCGGCUGUCGGCGCGGGAGCUGCUGGCGGCCGCGGGCCGGGCGGAGGCGGCGAGCCGGGCGCUCUCGGCCGAGCUGGUGGCGCAGCUGGCGCGGCGGGACGAGCUGGCCUUCGAGAAGGAGGUGAAGACGGCGUUCAUCGGGGCGCUGCUGGCCGUGCAGGGCGAGCAGCGGGAGCAGCGGGAGGCAGCCCGGCGCCGCCGCAGGGACAAGGGGCUGAGCCUGCAAGGGGCGCGCUCCGAGCGCGGCAGCAACAUGCCCCGCAAGCGCUUCAGCAUGGAGGGCAUCUCCAGCAUCCUGCACUCCGGCCUGCGCCAGACUUUUGGUCCUACCACCAACGAGAAGCAGUACCUGAACACGGUGAUUCCCUAUGAGAAGAAGGGCUCACCACCCUCUGUUGAGGACCUGCAGAUGCUCACCAACAUCCUGUUUGCCAUGAAGGAGGGGAAUGAGAAGGUGCCCACUCUGCUCACGGAUUACAUCCUCAAAGGUACCUGCUCCCCCCUGCCUGCCCUGGGCACCCCUCGUGCAUCCUCCACUCAGCUCCUCUGCAGCUCUGUGCCUCCACCACAGAUCCCUCUGCAUCCUCCUGCCUCUCCACUGCAUCCUUUGUGCAUCCUUUGCCCAUCCCUCUUGCAACCUCAUUCAUCCCUUUUGCAUCUCCUGUGCAUCCUUGAGGAAUCCCAGAUAAAUCCUGUGGCAUUCCUCCUGCAUCCCUCAUGCAUCUCUGCUGCAUCCUCCACACAUCCUUCAGGAGUCCUGGAUGCAUCUCCUGCACAUCCCUCAGGCAUUCUUUGUACAGCUCUCCUGUCCUGAGACAGCUGUCUGUCUCACACACACCUCUGGAGGUGCCUGUGCAGCUUCCUGCCCCACUCUGGGGCCCAUCUGCUUCAUCCACACAGCCUCAUCAUCCUCUGUGCACCCUCCCUC